AUGCAUCCAUCUCAUUCCGCGGGAAACCGCUAGCCGAGCGGGCGUCUCACCACAGUCUUACGUCGCGUUUCGAGUUCGUAAAACAAAAUGGCGUCCUCCGAUCAAGAAACGGAGAUGGAAGGAAAUGAGUUUAUGACGGAAUUUAUACAAAAAUACAAAGAAUUGGAGUGUUUGUGGCAGACUAAUCAUAUAGAUUACACAAAUAGGUACAAAAGACUUCAUUGUUUGAGAGAACUGUUGAAGAUUAUGCAGAAGAAUGACCCAUUCGCUACUUUGGCUAAAGUAAAGAGAAAAAUUAAUUCUAUCAGAAGUAACUUUAAUAAGCAGCACAAAAAGCUGAUGCAGGCCAAAGCCUCGCUUGGUGAGGAAGGCUUUGAUUUGAUCGAUAAAGCGCCGCCACUUUACUACAAUUCUUUGCUGUUCUUGAUAGACAGAAACCCGAAAAUAAAAAGGUUCAAAAGUGAAAGCAAAACCGGCAGCGAGACUCAUGAGUUCAGUGAGGACGAAAAUACGGCUGCGAUAUAUCUAGAAGAGGAUUUUUCCAAUGAGGAUGACUGUUCCAAUGCGGAAUACUCGAAGGAAGAGCCAAUAACUACAUUAUACGAAUUCGACUCCAGCACCCCUACACGGGAGGAGACGAAAAAGAAUUUCAACAAAAAAAGGAAAUUUGUUAAACCCGAGUAUGAAUCGUCUAAUUACGAUGGCCUAUUUGACUCUGAAGAAGCUGACUCUCCAACGAAACUAAGGCCUCUGUUCAACGCUUUCGGCGAACACGUCGCUGAGAAGUUGAGAUGUAUGCCCAGAGACGUGGCGAUUUAUUGUCAAAAAAUUAUAAACGACGCGCUUUUUUACGCUGAAACGGGCAAUUUGAAUCACACUUCUCAUAUUAUUACGGACAAUUAAAUGCAGUGUUGUGUUUUAUUUGGGAUUAGGUUUCGUUAAAUAGAGUGACGGUCCCUGUGGCGCAGCGGUAGCGCGGUAGGCUGCGACACAGAAGGUCCCGGGUUCGAAUCCCGGAUAGGGCAUGAUGAGAAACGAACUUUCCCUGAUUGGCCCGGGUCUUGGAUGUUUAUCUUUAUAAGUAUUUAUAAUAUAAUAAAAUAUAGUAUCGUUGAGUUUGUAUCUUGUAACACAAGUUUCGAACUUAUUUCAAGGUUAACCCAAUCUGUAUAAUUCGUACCGUAUAUAUUUAUAAUUAAUUUGUUUUAAUUAUUUACUUUUUCUUAACAUUAGAGGGUAAGUCCGUUUUUAUACUUUUACAGGGAACCUUAUUAUAGAA